AAAAUUUGUUCACUCUGUCCUUGAUAAAAAUAAAUCUCAACCUUGGAAUCCAAUAAACUUGCAAUUUGCAUAUUAACCAAAGUCAAAAGUCAAAAGGUUGAGAUUAGUUGAGAUUUUGAUUUCAGAUUUUGAAUGUUUUGAUUUUGUUGGUUUUUGAUGAGAAAUAUUUCAGAGUUUCGACAAUAUUUCAUUAAAUUUAUACUUUCAUUUGUUUGGAUGUUUAUUUUACAAUAAAAUAUGUUGUGAUUGGUGUUUGUUGGUACCUACAUAAUAUAUAUUUUAAUUUUUAACGUCAUGGGAGCCGCAGUAGCCCGAAUUCCUGCUCAUAGAGUAACAAUUGAAGAUGUUGAUGAUCUCGUGAAGCGAUAUAACAACAACCCACAUCAAGCAUUCACUUCUCUGGAGAUGAGCCUCAUCUAUCAUGCAAUAGAUAUAUCUGUUCCGUGUCCUCGGACUGAUAUCGACUACUCAGGAGUGGUGAGGUAUCACUUCUCUAACGUAGUGAAUGACAUAAACUGUCCUUUAAAUUUGUUUACCUUGGAAGGAGUGUCAUCUAGAUUGCAAGGAGGUAGGCACCCGUGCCGCUGGUUGAUUUUACUGAAGUUCAGAAAUCCUCAAACGCCAUACAACCGCAAUACGUUGGCCAUGGCGAAGAGAACUUCCGAAAUGGGUUUAACAAAUUUAAUGUGGAAUAAAUUCACCUAUAAAAGGAUUGAAGAUCAGGGAGAAUGCAUAGAAUUAGAAUUUCGUAUGGCUCAUUCUACGUGCCAAUGUGCCCCAUAUUCUAAAAUUAUUCGGACACCGUGGAUUUUUUUCCCUGCAACGCGAACGGAGGAAGAAGAAUAUGAGAUGAGAAACGAAAGAUUCAAACGUGUUUCAAAACUAAGACUCGAACGUAAUCUUGGGAUAAUGCAGGAUUCUUUAACAAACAGUGCUUAGUUUAUUUUUAUUUUUAAUUUUAAUUUUAUUUUUAAAGCUGUCGCCUUUCAUUUCAUUAUUAUGUUUUAAUGUCAUUUGUCAACUUUUUUUUUUUUUUUUUUUUUUUUAACAAAAUAAAGUUUUGAGUUUUUA